AUGAAUACUGCAUAUGCUGUCGAUCUCGUAAAGCUGUCAGACUUCGGGUUCUGUGCGAGAGCUUCGUCAGAUCAUCCUCGGAGGAAGUCACUGGUGGGGACUCCGUACUGGAUGGCUCCUGAGGUUAUCAAGAGACAGAGCUACGGGGCUGAGGUGGACAUCUGGUCUCUGGGGAUCAUGGUGAUAGAGAUGGUGGAUGGGGAGCCGCCACUGUUCCACUGCAGACCUACUGAGGCCAUGCAGUUCAUCAGAGACCACAGCAACCCCACUCUCAGACACCCCGAGAAGGCAUCUCCUCUGCUACUGGACUUCCUCAGUAAGGCUCUAGUCAGAGACGGAGAGCAGAGAUCUACUGCAAGAAAACUGUUACGACAUCCAUUCCUGAAACAAGCUGCGUCUUCGAGUUCACUGGCACAGCUGUUGAGAACUGUUCCUCUGUUUUAGUAUUAUAGAUGUUUGUCCUCGAGUUCUGAAUGUGUUGUUGUAAAUGUGGUGUCUGUGUUUGUGUAUUCUGUUGUUUGUGAAUCACAAAUCAUCCUCUCAAAUCAAUGACAUGACACAAGUAUUCUUGUAUGUGGUCUUUUUGUUUGUGAAUUUUGAAUACUGAAUGAAUUCGUUGGCAGAAAGGUUGAGAUUGUGGACUGAUAACACAUACA